UCACCUGUCAGAUGUCCUCUCUCUCUCCUCACCUGUUUUAUUCUCUGACUUGUCCUCUGCAGAAACAACACGAUGUCAAUGGAGAAGAAGCAGACUGCGCCGGCUGACAGAGGUCAUGCUGUCGGCGUCAUCGUCUUCGUGCUCGGCGUGGGGACGCUGCUGCCCUGGAACUUCUUCAUCACGGCCUCUCAGUAUUUCAACGGGCGCCUCCGAGCGCCGAACAACACGUCCAAUGCCACGCUGGAGGGAGCGACUAAAGACUACAAGUAUGACAGCUGGAUGGCCUUGCUUUCCCAGCUGCCCCUGCUGCUGUUCACCCUGCUCAACUCCUUCCUGCAUCAGAGGGUGAAAGAGCGUUUCCGUGUGGCCUUCAGCCUCGUCCUCAUCUUCCUCCUCUUCUCCCUCACCGCCGGCCUGGUCCAGGUCGCCAUGGAGCCGGACACCUUCUUUUCCGUCACCAUGGCAACCAUCUGGUUCAUCAACAUGUGUGGAGCCGUGCUGCAGGGCUCUCUCUUCGGGGUGGUUGGUCUGUUUCCUCUUCAGUACAGCACCCUGUUUAUGAGCGGUCAGGGUCUGGCCGGGAUCUUCGCCGCUCUCGCCAUGCUCUUCUCCAUCUUAAGUAACGCAGAUGAAAACUCGGCAGCGUUGGGAUACUUCAUCACUCCCUGUGUGGCCACUUUGAUGACUCUGCUGUGUUACCUGCUUCUGCCACACCUGAAGUUUGCUGAUUUCUACCUGAACAAACGUCAGUCUGAAAGAGUGGAGGUGAUGCAGACACUCCUCAGCAGCACAGAGAAGAAACCCUUAAACCAGACCGCCAAAGACCUGGAGGCCAGCGGGACGGUCCCAGACACAGACCAGAAUCAGGACCGCUCGUCUGUCUUUGCUGUCUUUAAAAAGAUCUGGCGGAUGGCGGCUUGUGUGACCUUGGUGUUCGCCGUCACUCUGUCGGUGUUUCCUGUGAUCACGGUCCGAGUUCAGAGCGUCUACACGGACAACGAAGCGUGGAAAAAAGUCUUCACCUGUGUCUGCUGUUUCAUCGUCUUCAACGCCAUGGACCUGGUGGGACGCGGCACCCCGUCUCUCGUCCAAUGGCCCUCGCAGGAGAGCGUUCUGUUUCCCGUGGCGGUGGCGUCUCGUCUGGUUUUCAUCCCUCUGCUGAUGCUGUGUAACGUCCACAACUCCAAGCUCCCCGUCCUCUUCAGUCACGACGUCGCCUUCGUCAUCAUCAUGGCGCUGUUCUCCUUCUCUAACGGAUACUUGGCGUCCCUCUGCAUGGCCUACGCUCCACAGUUGGUGCGGUGCAGAGACUGCGAGACAGCUGGCUCCCUGAUGACCUUCUUCCUGGUUCUGGGUCUGGCACUGGGAGCUGGAUCCUCCUUCUUUCUGGGGAUGCUGGUCUAAAAAAAAAAAAAACUCUGGUGCUGAAGAUGAAGAAAAUAAAACGUGAUAACGGGGAGUCAACGUGUGACAUCACAGCCACAGAGCUCUCCCAUUGGCUCUUUACGGGUUUACACAUUUACAGAGACAGCGCACUGAAAUCUUUAAACUAAUGGUGCGUUCCAUUUCAUCUCGGAGGUCUGACACGAUAUCAGGAACAAGAAAACUCUCAAACCUCUGUUAGCUCGAGUUAAAAUCCAACAUGGCUGCUCAGUGUUUAAUCUGUAACGGUACGUUUACUUUCUCUUUUACUCGAAUUAAAUCGACCACACCGUGGUGACAGUUACAUCUGUACGUGUGAUGUCAUCGUCUGGUGUUAGCUUACAAACUAAAGGAACUCCUGGAGGCAUUACCUUCCUCAUCCCCGCUCAGAGGCCUGAUUUCCGAGGUGAAUUGAACGCACCAUUUGCGUCGUAUUCUGUUUUUGUUUAUCGCUGACCUGUGUUUACGUUUGUAUUUAUAUAUUUUUUUAAACUUGUUUUUAUUCAGGGAUUUUGAACAAGCAUCUUUUAUUUGUAAUGAAUGUGUUUCUUAUUAAAAAGUUUUACGAUG